CGCAGAACGUCCUCUUCACGCUACAAUCAGUGACUGUUCGCUUCUAUUGAGCAAAAAAAUUACAGCUAUUAUUCUAGUACAAAUAAAAUUAACAAUGAUCCGAGCUGUGUGUUCGCGAGCAAUCUUUGAGUUCGCGCCUGUCAGUGCUUCUUUGACCUCUUCCCAGAGAGCAGCAUCUGCAUCCGGGUUUUCAUCGUUUCGCCGUUUGCUCCAGCAGAGCAGUGUGUGCCUCCAGAAGAGCGCCGGAACUUCAAAGAUGGAGACAAACAAAGUAGUUCCUGAUGUGAUCGACACGGUCCCGGAAAACACCAUUGAGGUGACUUACAAUGAUCAGAAGGUUAACAUGGGAAAUGUUAUGACGCCGACACAAGUCCAAUCCCCACCAAAGGUUUCGUACCCAACAGAAACCGACGCUUUUUACACCCUCUGCAUGACUGACCCCGACGCACCGAGUAGGCAAAGUCCAAAGUACCGAGAGUGGCAUCAUUGGCUCGUGGUGAACAUUCCUGGCUGCAAUGUCUCUGAGGGAGAAACACUGUCGCAGUAUGUUGGUUCUGGCCCUCCAAAAGGAACAGGUCUGCACCGGUAUGUGUUCGUGGUUUACAAGCAGCCUGGAAAGCUCAACUGUGAUGAAAAGCGCCUCACAAACCGCUCUGGUGAUCACCGAGGUUGUUUCAAGAUUCGAGAUUUUGCCAAGAAGUAUCAGCUGGGAGAGCCAGUUGCUGCCAACUUCUACCAGGCAGAAUGGGAUGACUAUGUGCCUAAGCUGUAUGAGCAGCUCAGUGGCAACUGAGUUCAAAGUGCAGUGACCAGUCAGCACAGUUUACCUUUUCAUCUUCUGUGUUCUUGUUCCCAAUUCAGUUGCUGAGCCUCUACUUUCAGCCCAACAUGCCACUGUUGUUUAGCAUGUUCUCAAUAAAACACAACUUUGCUGGUCUGCAA